GUGGCGGCCACCGGAAGCAGAGAGCCGCUUCCUCCAUAACAGCGCUGCUGCUCUGGGCUCCCGGCGGCCUGGGAAAAUGCCUAAGGUGGUCUCCAGGAGCGUGGUCUGCUCCGACACCCGGGACCGGGAGGAGUACGACGACGGCGAGAAGCCGCUCCACGUCUACUACUGCCUCUGCGGCCAGAUGGUUCUGGUUCUGGACUGCCAGCUGGAGAAGCUGCCCAUGCGGCCCCGGGACCGGGCCAGGGUCAUCGACGCCGCCAAACACGCGCACAAGUUCUGCAACGUGGAGGAAGAGGAGCAGGCCUUCAUCAAGAGGCCGGAGGGCAUCGAGCGGCAGCACCGCAAGAAGUGCGGGAAGUGCGGGCUGCUGCUGUUCUACCAGCAUCAGGACAAGAACAGCCCGGCCACCUUCAUCGUGGACGGAGCCGUGGUGAAGUUCGGCCAGGGCUUCGGCAACACCAGCGUGUACAGCCAGAAGCCGCCGGAGGCCCCCAAGAAGGUCCGGGUGAUGAUGACCAAGCGGACCAAAGACAUGGGCAAGUUCAGCUCCGUCACCGUGUCCACCAUCGACGAGGAGGAGGAGGAGAUCGAGGCCCGGGAGGUGGCCGACUCCUACGCCCAGAACGCCAAGGUGAUCGAGAAGCAGCUGGAGAGGAAGGGCAUGAGCAAGAGGAGGCUGCAGGAGCUGGCCGAGCUGGAGGCCAAGAAGGCCAAGAUGAAGGGCACGCUGAUCGACAACCAGUUCAAGUAGGACAGAGGAGAACUGGGAGCUGUGGGUGGGAUCUGCUGAUGCUGAUGGGGAGGUUCCACUGCUCAGCCUGGAUCUGAUGAUGCUGAUGGACUCUUGGCGCUGCCAGAACAACCUCACACUCUGAAACCUGCUGCGAUGCGUUUAAUGAACGGGGGAAAUGGGAUUGUUUUGUAUUUCUGACUAACUCUUGUUUCACUAGUUUUUGUUUUCUACAAUAAAGUUAAUUGUAAAAA